GGGCCUUGAUGGGAAUAGCCCAAUUGAUUAUCUUAAACAUUUUAUUUACGGUUACGCCAUCGUCUUCAAAACUGUAUAUUGAGCUUCGUUUCUUCAUUGGUGUCAGAGAGACUCAGAUUUUUCCCUAACACAUUUUCUUUCAAGUAACCGUUCCAUGGCUCUCAAUCUCCGCAACAAACAGAUGGAAUGUAUAAUCCGGAUGCUGAACCUGAAUCAACCAUUGAAUCCAAACGAGGAAUGUUACAAGGCCUUGAUCUACGACGAUUUCUGUGAGAAGAUUAUCGCUCCUCUGAUGCAAGUGAAGGAUCUUCGUAAACAAGGAGUUACACUUCCCUUGUCCAUCAACAAAAAGAGAGAAGCUGUUCGUGAUGCUGCAGCUGUCUACUUUCUUCAACCCACUGAAUCCAACAUCCAGAGAAUCAUUGCAGAUGCUUCUAGAUCUCUUUACCAUUCCUAUCAUCUGAAUUUCUCGUAUCGUAUCCCUCGCCCGCUCCUAGAAACUCUCGCUUCUGCGACUCUGAAUUCCGGUUCCACUGAGAGACUUGCAACGGUGCAUGAUCAGUAUCUCGAGUUUGUUACUUUGGAAGAUAACAUGUUUUCUUUGGCUCAGGAAUCUAUCUAUCUUCAGUUGAAUGAUCCAUCAGCAGGAGAUAGAGAGAUCGAGGAGAUUAUCGAAAAGGUCGCUAAUGGGCUGUUCUGUGUAUUGGCAACGCUUGGUGUGGUGCCUGUAAUCCGAUGUCCUCGUGGUGGACCAGCGGAGAUGGUUGCAUCUUCGUUGGAUCAGAAACUGAGGGAUCAUCUUCUGUCUAAGAUCAAUCUGUUUACCGAAGGUGGAGGCGGUUUCAUUAGUUCGUUUCAGCGGCCUUUGUUGUGUAUUUUCGAUAGAAACUUUGAACUCUCGGUUGGGAUUCAGCAUGAUUUCAGAUACAGGCCUCUUGUUCAUGAUGUUUUGGGUCUAAAGCUCAACAGUUUGAAAUUGCCUGGCCAAAAAGAUGAUAAGAAAACAUUUGUAGACAGUUCAGACCCGUUCUGGUCAGCAAAUGGUUCUUUAGAGUUUCCUGAAGUCGCUGUAGAAAUCGAAACUCAGUUGAAUAAGUACAAAAAAGACGUGGAAGAGGUUAACAGGAGAACUGGAGGUGGGAACGGGAGUGCAGAGUUUGAUGGGGCUGAUCUGAUUGGGAACACCAAGCAUCUGAUGAAUGCUGUCAACUCACUUCCGGAGUUGACAGAGAGAAAGAAGGUGAUUGACAAGCACACCAACAUUGCGACUGCGCUGCUAGGAGAGAUCAAGGAGCGAUCUCUGGAUGCAUACACUAAGAAAGAGAAUGAGAUGAUGGUGAGAGGCAGCAUAGACAGGAGCGAGCUUCUAUCUGUUUUGAAAGGGAAGGGUACCAAAAUGGACAAGUUACGAUUUGCCAUCAUGUACCUAAUCUCCUUGGAAACCAUCAACCAGGCUGAAGUUGAAGCCGUGGAAGCGGCAUUGCGUGAAGCUGAGGCCGAUACAAGAGCGUUUCAGUAUGUGAAAAAGAUCAAGUCGCUGAAUGUGUCUUUGGCAGCCUCAGCAAGCAGAAGCAACAUUGUUGACUGGGCUGAGAAGCUUUAUGGUCAGUCUAUAAGCGCGGUCACUGCAGGGGUCAAGAAUCUCUUAUCAAGUGAUCAGCAACUGGCGGUGGCGCGGACAGUUGAAGCCUUAACUGAGGGAAAACCAAACCCAGAAACCGAUUCAUACCUCAUGCUGGAUCCGAGAGCUUCAAAGUCAGGAUCUAGUGGUAAUAGUUAUGUGAAGGGGCCUUUCAAAGAAGCCAUAGUUUUCAUGAUUGGUGCAGGUAACUACAUCGAAUAUAGCAGUUUGCAGGAGCUCUCGCAGCGACAAGAGAUGGUUAAGAACAUUAUAUAUGGAGCCACAGAGAUCCUUACUGGAACUGAGCUUGUUGAGCAGCUCGCUGUGUUGGGUCAAAAAAUGGGACUGAAAUAGAGAAUAUCAGGUUUUUAAGGUUGAAUCUUAGUCAGGUGGAUUGGUUAGCCUGGUGUUGUUAGGUGCAGUUGCAACUUUUGCUUUUACUAUUUUGUAUUUUAUAUAAGUGUAUACCUUUUAACUAAUAUUUUUGUUAAUGCCA